AUGCCCGUAGACAAGCAAAAGGCGCUGCUGUUCGGCUCAGCCGCAGCAUUGCGCAUCCUUCUCUUCACCGUCUUUCCUUCAUUGCCAGACCUUCUCACCGGGCGCGUUGAGAUCUCGACGCCCGUAACCAGCUUCAAGCGGCUCCAGGAAGGUCUCUUUCUCUACACCCACAAUGUGUCUCCCUAUGAUGGCGGCGUCUUCCACCAGGCGCCGCUGCUGCUGCCAAUUUUCUCGCUGCUCCCCGAUAUCUCCGUGCACCCGCUUGCGACGAACCUCGUUUACGUGCUGGUCGACCUUCUCAGCGCCAAUGCCUUGAUUCAGAUUGCGGAGACGGGAGAGAGCGUCUCUGCCCGCCUAUACACAUCUCCGAGGAAGGAUAUGCGAUGGAGCAGUCUGGCCAUUGCAGCUGGGUACCUUUUUAACCCGUUCACGGUAAUAAGCAUGCUCGCGCGCCCAACGUCGGUCAUCACCUCGCUGUUCAUCCUUCUGGCCUUCUCCAGCGCCGCCCGCGGCCGCGCCGUGACAUUCGUUCUAUCCAUCUGUCUCGCAUCAUACCUCUCGCUCUACCCGCUGCUGCUCUUCCCGCCGCUGCUGAUUCUCUGCUACGAUGCCGAGAUGCGGCGAGCUAAGCCUUGGGAACGGCCAAACCCCGUCGCAUACGCCCUCUUCCAUAGCGCAGACGUCUUCAUCACGAUCGGCACGCUGCUGUACCUGUCACGUCUUUUGACCGGGAGCUGGGAGUUCAUACCCUCGACCUAUGGCGUGCAUCUGCUACUCCCGGAUCUUACGCCGAAUGUAGGGCUGUGGUGGUACUUUUUCAUUGAGAUGUUUGAUUCCUUCCGCGAGUUCUUCCUCGGCGUGUUCUGGCUGCACAUGGUGGCGUACGUUGGAGGCUUGUGUUUCCGGAUACGGAGACAGCCGCUGUUCAUUGCCGUCACGCUGCUGGGCAUCUUCGCCGUCUUCAUGCCGUACCCCAGCAUUGCGGAAAGCGGGCUCUACCUGAGCUUGAUCCCGCUUUACCGCCACGUCUUCCCGCUCACACGCUACAUCUUCCUUACGGCCUCGACACUGCUGUACGCCAGCUUCCUGGGCCCCGCGUUCUACUACCUCUGGAUCUACGCCGGGUCGGGCAAUGCCAACUUUUUCUACGCCAUCACGCUAGUGUGGAGUCUGGGCUUGACGCUGCUGGUCGCGGACACGAUAUACGCGGUGCUGAGGGACGAGUGGGAGACGGAGAGGCCGGAGAUGAAGGGCAAGGAGGUGCGCCAGAUGUAG